GAUUCCAGGGGAAGUAUAUAUGCAAAGGUUUUUCUUCCUCACACCUUCUCCCAGAAUCUUCCGGAGCUCUCGGGGAUAGUUUUCGAUUAUGUCUCAGGGUCGCCGAGGGAGCGGGCGGCGCGGGUCAAACGCUAGUAUCGAGCUAUACCAGGGAGUUCUGACUGAUGACAAAGGUGAUGCAGGCGGGAGAUCGAGUUGGAGGGAUGAUGAUGAGUCGAAGCUAUUUUUCGGGGCGCAAACGAGGGGGUGAGUAUGAUGUGCCUGCACUAGAGCUAAUUGCUAGGCACUAAUCAGUGGUGAAUUUUUAGAUUAAUCGAAGAUGGGGGCAGCGAUUUAGAUGAUUUGGAGGCACCGUCGCCUUCAUCGGACUCGCUCUAUCCGGGAGAGAAGCCGUCGACCGUCCGAUCCAGGCUGUCUACCUCGAGUUCUAGGUUUUCGAUACUGAAGGGCCCUGUGGCGGCAAUCCUGGAUGGUUCGGUUUCCUGGAGGACGGGCGUCAAGAUGUGUGCUAGCAUCGCGGCCACCACAUUUCUUUUUACGCUCGGGAUCACAAUGUAUUUUGUUCUCGCAUACCCUCCAGAGAAUACUGGGUUGGGGACGCUGUACUUGGGCGAUUGUGAUGAGAUGAAGAAGAUUAGUAUCUGGGCGCAUGUGGGUAUCAAUUUCAUCUCUUCCAUAUUACUGGCCGGUAGCCAUUACACGCAGCAGGUCUUGAGCGCGCCGACAAGGGGGGAGAUUGAUGCAGCUCACGAGACGAAGUCAGUAUCCCGCGUGGUCCGGGGUUUAUGAUUUUUGGAGGAAUGAACUGACAGGGUUUGGAAGGGACUGGUUGGAUAUUGGGAUACCUAGCCUCAGGAAUCUGAAGUAUGGAACGAUUCCCUUGAAUUAUAUCGGAUACGGGUGCUAAAAUUUCAGCAGGAGAGUAGGCCAUUUGCACCGGAUGGAGAGGAUAAGGGUGUGGGUCUGGUGGACACUGGGAUUUACAAGCGUUCCCAUGCACCUGCUGUGAGUUUGCCCCAUCCUCUUCUGCACUAUGGGCUCUGCUAAUGUGUUUCCUCCGAUCAGCUUCAACUCUGCCAUUUUUUCCACGCUGUCGUUAAACAACUAUUAUGUGGGGAUAGUCACGCCGGACUUUUUUAACGGAACCUCAUAUAACCAGACCGGUCACGUAAUAAGCGGCCUCAGGGCCGGCGCAAUGGGUUCCGCCAUUGUAGAGCCGUUUGUGGAGGGUUUCAAUUACACAUUCUGGAACCCGCACAAGCCGUGGGAACGCUAUGUCGGCCAUUACACUUACGGGCACGAAAGCAUCCGCACUGGCAAUGUUCGGAUCGAAGAGAGUUUCUAUAACACUACGAAUCGUUCGGAUUCCGUGGUUGUGAAAAUCAUGAAAGAGAUGGUGGAUGUCUGGAUACCGGAAUACAAUUUUGAGCAGAUGCGGGAAGCAACUCGGAUCAUGAGUGAGGAGGGCGGGACAUGGAAUAAAAUGGAUACGAAAGAAUGUAGGGCAAAGUACUCGCAGCCCCUUCUGGGAGACAUGCAGAAUCUGGUGUUGGUCUCCUCAUCAGAGCCCAAAGAGAACUCUUCUCUGAUGUCGGUGAUCAUGUACAACUCUAUGGAGCACAAGCACUACUGGAUGUGCCAGAACGAGAGCACGUUGGUAGAUGUUAACAAUUGGAACGAAACUGGCUACGCUUUCCCGAAGAACUGCGAGAUGGGGGCUGACGAUGGGGAGAGGGAUAUCCCGGAUGGUGAUUGGGUGGUUCGGGGACACACCAUCACCGAGUGCAGAGGGCAAAAAUCCCUGAAGAAAUGCAAGCUGCAGUUCAGCGUCGGCAUUCUCACGGUUGUCAUCAUCGCGAAUCUGCUCAAGGCGAUCGGUAUGGCGAUGGCCGCCUUCAGGAUGAAGACUGUGCCACUUGUAUUUAUGGGGGAUGCUGUUGAGUCUUUUCUCAAAGAGCCGGACAUCACCACCCUGAGAAGGUGUCUAGCUGACAAGGCGAUGGCGGAGUCAUCGUGGGAGCUUCAGCCGACACCAAAGCCGUACACGCUGGAGCAAUGGAGGUGGUGGCAUGCGCCAUCCAAGAGGAGGUGGUCCAUCACCGUGGGGACCUGGGUGGGCAUCAUAUCCCUAUCGGCAAUUUUCAUUGGGACCGGAUACGCGAAGGAUGUGAGGAAUGGCAUGGAAACAGACCUCAAGUCGCUGUGGGUGUCCUAGCCCAUCACUUGGUCCAUCCGGCUAACCAUCAUGUAGAGUGAAGCGUGGGUUUGGAGCACAAACCACUUCGUCAGUUCUCAGUUCCAGGGAUGGAGGACUGAUAGUUCCCAUUUUCCUAGCCAAUUCUCCGCAAGUGGUGCUAUCGUUCUUAUACCUGACGUGCGUCCCCCGAGAACCUCCAGAGGCCCAUCGGCUAAUAGUUAUUAGUUACAACGGUAUAUUCACCAGUAUGUUUAUGGCUAAGGAAUGGAUGGAUUUUGCAGUAAGGCGUAAACCGCUCCGUGUAUCGCGGCCAAUCGGCCAGCAACGAUCAACAUACUGGCUUCAACUGCCCUUCCGUUACUCCCUACCGCUGAUGGCACUAAAGUCCAUAACUCAUCUUUGCGCAUCGCAGGGAAUUUUCCUAGCAAAGUUCGAAGUCUUCAGUCCACUCGGCGAGACCUUUAAGGUCGUCUCCACAGUGGGAUAUUCUGUACGCCCUCUCCCGAUCUCCCCCUCAAUUCCUCGCUCUAUGGGGCGUAGCUGAUCAGGCAUGCACUAUAGGUGGUAGGAAUAACGUUGCUAAUGGUCAGCGGAUUCAUCCACUUAAUAGUCCUGUUCACCGCGGGCUCGAAGAAAUAUCCCUUUGGCAUGCCGCUCGCCGGUAGUUGUUCUGCUGCGAUCGCUGCAGCAUGUCACCCACCGGAGGAUGACAUGGACGCAUCCUAUGAGCCGCUAAUGUGGGGCGCUGUACCAGUCAAGUCAGGCUCCACCGCAGAAUCAGAGGUUGGCCACUGCUCUCUGUCGAGUCUCCCGGUGGACCAGCCGAUUAUAGGGCAUUUGUAUGCCGGGAAGGAUAAAGAUGUGUAGAUCCUAUCAUAACUCCACGCUACAUAACCUGCCAGCUAGCCAAUUAAGCAAUACCCGCUGACGAGCGAGGGUGGGGGAAUUGGACGACUCAUUGGAUGUUUGGUUUCUCUUUUUUUUCUCUUGGAAAAAUGUUUCUAGCGAUGCGCAUUGGAUAGGCGUUUGCAGGAUUGGGAUUGGAA